AUGAAUGAAGUUGUCGCUGCUGGUGGUGGUACUGGUAUCGUUGAGAUGCUUUUUUGUACGUCCUUAGUAGCUCUCGUUGGUGCAGGAGACCAUCCAUCAUUCUCACCACGACGAUUACAAAUCACUAACACCAAGCGACAAACAACAAUAUGUGAACUUACCUUCCAAACUUCGAUCUUAGCUGUUAAACUUAACCGUCGCCGAUUAAUUGUUGUUUUAGAGCAAACAAUUUUUAUUUACGACAUCAGCAAUAUGAAAUUGUUGCAUACUAUUGAUACUAGUCCUAACCCAAAUGGUGAUUAUUUGCCAGCAAUUUGCGCCCUUUCUCCUUCAAAUGACAAUUGCUACAUAGCCUAUCCUUCUCCAACUCCAUCACCAUCAUCACCUUUUUCCAAUCAUAGUACACAACAUACUGCGCCAUCUGGUGACGUCUUGAUCUUUGACGCAUUAUCAUUGCAAGUUGUCAAUGUUGUCCAAGCGCAUAAAAGCCCAGUAGCUUACGUAGCCAUUAACUCUGAAGGAACGUUGUUGGCAACUGCUAGUGAUAAGGGAACUGUAAUCCGUGUUUUUUCAAUUCCAAAUGUUCAAAAAUUGCAUCAGUUUCGGCGGGGAUCUUAUCCAGCUCGCAUCCACUCUAUCUCGUUCAAUCUUGUUAGCUCAUUAUUAUGUGUUUCGAGUGACACUGAAACUGUACAUGUCUUCAAAUUAGUUGGAAACACAAGUGGACCUAAUAGUAACGCAAAUGCGAAUAAUGGUGCCACUAAUGGUGCAGGUGGUGUUGCGAAUUCUCUCACUCGUCACUCUAUUGGGCCUGCGACAAUAGGAGGAUUUGAGGCUUUCAUUGAUGGCAAGAAAAAGACUGGGUCUGUCGGUGCAAUACGACGUCAAUCUCUUCACCUUGGACGCACUGUAGCUGGUAGUGUCGGUAAUUAUCUUCCAGAUGCUCUUACGGAAAUGUGGGAACCAACUCGCGAUUUCGCUUACUUGAAAUUACCUAGUUCUGGAGUCCAAAGUGUAGUUGCAUUAAGCAAUACCACACCUCAAGUCAUGGUUGUUACCUCGGAAGGCUAUUUCUAUCAAUAUAAUAUAGAUUUGGAAAAUGGCGGUGAAUGUGUACUUCUCAAGCAGUAUAGCCUAUUGGAACCGAACGAAGAUUUAGGCACAUCACUGAUUCCAGAAUGA